AUGGCCUCACGCGAAGGGAUCAAUCCCUUGCGGCCUUACUAUAUCCCCCAGACAGGGCUAUCGCCCACAAAUGCGACUCAAGACGCGUCAGCCCCGCCCUCGUCCGCUCAGGUGUUUGGGAGCUCCGCGCGCGACCUCAUCCCAGAUAUCGACUACUCAGAUUAUCUUGACUCCUCACCGUCGGUAUCGGAUUGGUGUCGAGAUGCCAUAAACAGCUCUCUUGUUCGCUAUGCCCAGGUCUUGGUUGCACAGCCCUUCGAUGUCGCCAAAACAAUCCUGCAGGUGUACGUCGUAUCCGACAACAUAGAGGAAGACCGGGGGUCAACUCCGGGACCUGGGAGCACUAAAGACGACUCUGAGUCAGAGGAUUCUGACGAUGAGAGUACCUACUUCACUUCCGCCGCCCCUGCUACACCGAGUCCGAGCACACCGCGAUCCCGAAAGACCCGGCACCGCAUUACAGACCGCAGUGGAUAUAUUCGUUCAGACUCAGCAUCAGCACCAUCCAAGCAUGCCUUGACUAUCAAAAACCCGACGUCCUUAAUGGAUGUGCUUUCCCAACUCUGGACUACGAACGGACCGAGCUCUCCCUGGAAGUCGUCCAACGCCACAUUCAUCUAUUCAUUGCUUCUCCCCACUCUGAAUACCUUCAUUCGCAGCCUUCUUUCGGCCAUAAUUGGUCUACCGGAGGAGGACUUUGCCUCGUCCAUGACUACCGAGAUAUUGACGGCACCCUCGCCUCUUGUGACACUGGUCCUUUCAUUCGUCUCCUCAUCGCUCUCCGCACUCAUCCUUUCUCCCAUUGAUACCGCUCGCACCCUUCUGAUGCUUACUCCUGCAACACACGGUCCACGCUCCCUUAUCCGGGCCAUCCGUCAGCUUCCUACUCCCAACUCCACGAUCCCACCUCACCUCGUCCCGAUCACCAUUCUCCAUUCAAGUCUUCCCAGCUUCAUAACCACCUCGACUCCUCUCAUCCUCAAAUCAUACCUGUCCAUUGAUCCUCUGCUCAACCCAUCCAUGUGGAGCCUUUUCACUUUCCUAGGCUCCGGUCUCGAGCUUGCGGUGAAGUUCCCCCUCGAGACCGUUCUCCGUCGCGCUCAGAUCGCCACAUACACCUCUCUUAGUCUGCGCCAGAAGGCCUCCGGUGGUAGCAUCAAUGCGGCAUCCAUCGACGCUGCUGAUGUCGAGACUAUUGUUCCUACGCCCCGUACUUAUCGCGGUAUUAUCGGUACGAUGUGGCACAUCGUACACGAAGAGGGUCUGAGCUCCUCUCCUUCCGAGGCCGAGCGUGCUCGUACUCUUCUCAGCAAACCUGUAUCACAGGCAGAGUACCAGAAGCGAAAGCAAGGCCAAGGUAUCGAGGGCCUCUACCGUGGCUGGCGGAUGGGCAUGUGGGGUAUCGCUGGUAUGUGGGGCGCCAAUAUGCUCGGUGGGUUCGCUGGUGGUUACGAGGACGAAGUCACCAUGCGAGGCGGUCAUGGACGCUCCAGCGGUGGUCGAUUCUAG